CCUUCCACGUGGUACAAUCUUAUCCUUUCAACCCCUCAUCACUUCCGAUCACCCCACCAAACCCAAUCACAGAUCGUCCCUUCACAAAAAAGCGCGGGAAAACGAAAAAAAGCCAAAAAAAUAAAGAUAUAUAUAUAAAAAUUCCGACACGCGAACCAUUUCACGGCUCUCCACGCAGGGUGAGAAGGAAGCCGAGCUCGUCGUCCGGACUCUCAUUUCGUUCUCGUUUUUCCUUUCUUCCUAUGGCGCCAAGAAAGAAGGCUGAAGAGACGAAAUCGACGUCGUCGGAGAAGCCAGCGACCAGGAGGUCGGCUGGGAUGACUAGGAGCACAGCUAAGCGAUUCAAUGCGAAGCUGACUGAGUUACCGACCGAGUCGGGAAAGAAUAGAAAGCAAGAGAAAGCAGCAGAGAGUAAGGAGAAGAAGGUGAAGACUCAAGUGAAAGAAGAAGCGGAAACUAUGACUACGUCUUCCUCGGAGGCUGAGGUGGAAGGUAAAGCGGAGGAAAUUAAAGAAGAAGAACCGGAGGCCAACGAGGACGGAACGAAAGAAGAAGAUGCUAAGGAAGAGACUCUUGCUGGUGAUGCAGUUCCUAAGACUAUUGUGAUUGAACAUUGAUGCUGCUUUUGGAUAGCGAAUUGUUGGCAUUAAGAGAAUCGGACUCCAUAAGAGUAUUGGUGUUCUGCGUUGAGGCAUGGUCAGACAAGCUACCAUUUUCUACCUUCGUGUGAUUGCCUUAAGCCUAUUGGACAGCAAAAGAGGCGUAAGAGCCUGCCAUCAGAGCCAAGACUCGAUUAGCUGUGGUACUGAGGAGGAUUGUAAAACAAUACACAUCGUUAGAUAACCAAUCACAAGAAGAAUUACUAGCAGACCUUGCAAAUAUUGCAAUAGAGUGCAGAGAACAUAACUAACC